AUGUUUAAUCCCAUCCGCAAGCUCCUCAAUCUCUGGCGCGCCGCUGACGCGAGCGUCACCACAUCGACCAACGACGCAUCAACCAAGGACGUAGCGACUGAGAGCACAGCGUACCGCGCCGCCUGCAAUCAUGCCGCACCUCCUACACGGUAUGCGAGUGGCGAGUUCAACACCACACCGUCUCCGCCGCCUAAUGCUGCGCUAUCAGGAUAUCUGUUCUCACAAGUGAAGGACAUCAACACGUCUACACCGAGGAUGAGGAACAUCCCGCCACCGCCAUUUCCCAUGUUUAGUGCGCCGACUGGCAACGCAACCGACGACGCUGCUACCGCGUCGGACGACAUCGAUAUGCCAGAUGCUACGCCGAUGUCGCCUCUGACGCCUCCAAUAACACCAGCCCGUGAUGGUGAUGAUAUCCGACCUUCGGUCGAGACACCAGCCCAAGAAGACGUUCACGGCGCGACCGCCGAGGACGAUGAUACUAGCGAGCCACGCAACGACACGACACCACCUCCAUCUCCGGAACGUGACAGUGUUCGUUCCCAGCCUCCGCGCCAACAGACAACAUCCACACCAGAGCCCGCGCCAAACUGGCUAGACGAAAUCGUCAUCGAAGAAGACAUCCCCGAGAACGCCCUCCCAAUCGGCUACAUGGGCACCUUCCGCGGAAGCCGCCACUUCAUCCCCUCAUACCCCGGCAUGAAACGCUGCAGCAACCAAGUCCCACACCUCCUCCUCUGCGGCCACUGGAUCACCAGCACAGAACCAUGCGGCGGUAACUGCAAGAAGCAAGACCACAGCCACAAACAAUUUAAAUGCCCAACAUGCAACGACAUCGUCCGUAACAUCCUCACGGGAUCUUUCCAGCCCGCGGAUUCGAUGAGACUGAGGGAGUUCAGGAAACAGAAAGAUAUCAAGUUUCUGGCUUGCUGUGUCGAGGCGGUUGUGCGUGCUGCACCGGAAAUUAAGAAUGGGGUUACGGAGGCUGUGGCUGGGUUUCUCUGCAAGGAUUCUGGAAGGGAGUGUGAGAAGGCGGAGAAUCCGGAUCCGGGGGGUCAUGAUACUAUUGAGGAGAUUGUAAGAGAUAUGCAGGAGCGGCAUGAGCGGAGGCAGCGUGAUAGGAGGGCGAGAGAGCGAGAGGAGGAGGUGAAUACGCGGGAGAAGAGGGCUAGGGAGGAGGAUGCGAGGGAUGAGAAUACCGAUAAGGAAACGCACACGAACGAGGAUACACCGGGGGGUCGUAAGCGUGAACGAAACGACGACUCCGCGGGUCACGACGAGACGCACGAUACCUCACCCCCUACCAACCCCAACAAGAAGCGCAAGACGUCCCUAGAAACCCACCGCGAGCCCAUCACACCAUCUACCCGCGGCACGAAGCGUCGUUCCCCAUUCUCGACCCCCUCCCCGUCUUCUUUAUCCUCCUCCCCUUCCUCCUCAUCCUCCUCCCCCACCGCCUCACCCUUCGCCUACCUCCCCUACUCUAAACCCCCCUCCCCACCAUAUCCAUCACCACCCCCGAAGAAGAGGGUCUUCGAGAAGCCCGAUCCCGCAUUUGGUGAGGCCAGCUUCGUCAUCGCGCCGCCUCAUGUCGUCGGGCCGCUUAUGCGGAAGCGGCAUGCGGAUGUUUAUGUUGAGGGGGAUAUUGAGCGGGAGAGUAAGCGGAGGAGGAGUGUGGAGAAUGAGGUGAAUGAAGGGGAGGGUGAAAGGGGAGGGGAGGGGAUGGGGAGCGAGAGGAUGAGGGCGAAGAGUUUUGAGACUUUUAGGAGGGCGUGGGAUGGGAGGGAGGAGGAUGAGGAGGGGGAGUGUGAGUUGUAG